GCCAACUUUGUUCCGUUCCGUUGCUUUCUCUCCACUUGCACUGCCUUUGAUUGACUGCCAUGGGAGGACCAAUCAACUGCUUUAAUUGCGGAGGUGACCACUUUGCCCGUGACUGCCCAGAAGGUGGUAAGGGCAAGGGCAAGAGCAAAAGCAAGGGGCCAAUGGAAUGCUGGCAGUGCGGAGGUGAGCACAUGGCCCGAGAUUGCCCAGACGGCAGCAAGGGUAAAGGCAAGGGCAAGGGCAAGCCCAUUGAGUGCUUCAAUUGUGGAGGAGACCACUUUGCCAGAGACUGCCCGGAGGGUGGAAAGAGCAAGGGCAAGGGUGGCAAGAGCAAGGGUGUCUGCUACGACUUCCGAGACAAUGGCAGCUGCAAGUUUGGAGAUGAGUGCCGUUUCAGCCACGAAGCAUAGGGAAGUGCGAACCUGACAGAUGUCACCUGCAAAGGUGUCGUGGGCAGGCGUGGUGUGCUGUGACAAACUGAGCCAAUUUAAGGCAUCAGCCGGUGGUCCAAGCCGUUUUGAUCGCAUCGGUGCAUGACACAGUAGCACUUUGCACAAUUUUGCACAAUUUAGCACUCUGCCACAUCUAGGAUAGAUUUUGCUUGCAAAUUGACAUGCACCGCAUAUGUCUUUGCACACUACUGUCAAAGGUCAUGAACAGGCCUAAUGCAACAAUCUUGAACUUUCA